AUUACAAAAAUAAUUUUUUCUAUUUUAUUGAUUAUAAUCUCAAUUUAUAUAUAUAUAUUAAAUAACCCUCUUUCUAUAGGAUUAAUAAUUUUAUUUCAAACAUUAUUAUCUUGUUUAAUAACGGGAAUAUUAAUUAAAACUUAUUGAUUUUCUUAUAUUUUAUUUUUAACUUUCUUAGGAGGUUUAUUAGUUUUAUUUAUUUAUGUUUCAAGAAUUGCCUCAAAUGAAAUAUUUAAACCGACAUUUAAUUUAAAAAAAAUUGGAUUAUUUUUAAUUAUAUUUUUAAUUACAAUUCAAUUUAUUUAUUAUAAUAAUAUAUAUUGAAUAAAUUUAUCAACUAAUUUUGAUAUAGAUAAUUUCAAAGAAUUAAUUUUUUUUUUUAAUAAUGAAAAUAAAAUUAACUUAAGAAAAUUAUAUAAUAAUCAAACAUUUCUAAUUAUAACAAUAUUAGUAAUUUACCUAUUCAUUACUUUAAUUGCAGUAGUAAAAAUUACUAAUAUUUAUUAUGGCCCAUUACGAUCCUCUUUAAAUUAA